ACUGAUUCAGCUUAGAAAUACUGCUGGGUUAGGUUUGUCCAGAUGCAACUGAAUAUAUCCUGAGAGAGAACACUUCAUAACAGUUCUACACGCAUCAGGUUGAUGGGGAGAACAGGAGCACAAUGGAUUUAUUAAGACCCACCACAGAAAACUAAAAUGACAUUUUCCUUAAAGCUCUGGUAAAAUUUGCAUGCUGAAGGUCUACACAUGCUAUCUGUCAUCUGCCAGACUCUCAUCCUUUGUAGUCUUACCCGUGCUCCUGCCCAUUCCCUCUGACUGCAAUCAUUAUGCCUAGGGGUAAAAAGAAUAAGCGUCGCAGCCGCAUGAAGAAUAAGAACCACCAUCAUGAGAAAUGCCAUGAUGAGAAAGAUGAAUCUCAGGAUCAGAAGGGAGAAAUGGAUAGUGAAGCAGAGGAAGAAAAGCCUCUCUGCUCUGUGACUGAUGACAUUCAUGGGAUGUCACCUGCCUCUGAGUCAAGUAGUAAUACUGAGUGCUGUUCCUGUGUACCCUCACCCGUAUCUAUUUCUGGUGAUGAUAUAGAAUUUGACCACUGUCAAUACUGCUGUGGUGAAGGAAACUUUCUUCACUCAGAAUGUCAACUCUGUCAUGAUAAUUCAUUCAGAGAUUGUCUAGAUAUGUAUGUGGAUUUUGUAGAGCAGACUGUACUCUAUAAAUUUAAAAUGAAACAACCCAUUACUAGGGAAGAUUUACUCAGUGUUAUUGACCCAAAAUACCGGUACAGAUUUGCUGAGAUAUUUAAGAAAGCUUUUGAGCGCAUUGAAAUUGUGUUUGCAGUUGACGUGGUGGAAAUUGACUCAACUAAUCACUUAUAUGACCUAGUCAGCAAGAUAGAACUCCCAAACAAAGGAAGAGUUUGUGCUGGCAGGGGUUUACCAAAAACUGGUCUUCUUAUGACUCUCCUGGCUAUGAUUUUCUUGAAGGGUAACUCUAUUGCUGAAGAAGAGGUUUGGAAAUUCCUGAAAACGAUGCAAGUGUACCCAGGGAGGAAGCACUUCAUCUAUAGAGAGCCACGGAAAUUCAUCACUCAAGAUUUGGUGAAACUGAAGUAUCUGGAGUACCAGCAGAUACCUAAUAGUGAUCCUCCACGAUAUGAGUUCCUUUGGGGUCCAAAAGCUUACGUUGAAACUACCAAGAUUAAAGUCCUAGAAUUUGUGGCUAAAGGUAGUGACACUAAGCUUAAUAAGUUCUUCAUACAAUAUUAAGACGCUUUGAGAGAAGAGUCAGCAAAAAACUGGAGGAGGUUCUGGUACUAAUGCCAGGCCAAAACCAUCACCAUGUCUAGACAGCACUGACACUUCAGUAAAUUAUAAGACUUUAUCUUCAGACAAGAAAACACAACAUCACGAUUGACAUUUUCUUUGAAGCAAGGAAGAAAAUCACAAGGAAUGAAAUAUUGAGUAAUAAAGAAUGACCA